AGCAACCUCAAACUCCUGGGCUUAAGCGAUCCUACGGCUUCAGCCUCCCAAAGACGAGAGUCUUGCUAUGUUGCCCAGGCUGGUCUUAAACUCUUGGCCUCAAGCAAUCCUCCUGCCUUGGCCUCCCAAAGUGCUGGGAUCACAGGUGUGAGCCACCACGACCAGCUGUAUGUGUACUUUCAUGUGGUCCAGAAACAUUUUAUCAUAUUAUCAAGGGAUCUGUGA